AUGGGCGAGGCCGUCACUCUGGACAUGGGUUCGGCCGGGUUGAAGCCAAGGCCGUCGCUCGGGCCAUGGUCGAGGCCGUCACUCAGGACACGGGUGCAGCCGGCUAAAGUCAGGGCCGUCAUUCCAACCAUGGCCGAGGGCGUCACUCUAGACAUGGGUGAAACCGGGUUGCAAUCAAGGUCGUCACUCCGGCCAUGGCCAGGGCCGUCAUUCUGGGCACAACUGUGGCUGGGUGAAGCCAGGAUCGUCACUCCGGCCAUGGGUGCAACCAAGGUGCUAAGCCAAACGAACGUGGCCAAGUUGGAAUCAUCAUACCAGGCCCUUCCAUCUUCAUCAAUCGCAUGA